UGAUCUCGCCUGCCUUUGUGUAGAACGCCACUACAGGUUGAACGCCCCUCGGUAGUUCAGUCUUCCACGCCCUCUCUGCUCAGGUUCACCUAAACACACCGCGCUCCGACAGCGUUGCAGAACAGUUCAUCUACACCAGAAGACACGCACAGCUACAAUAGACACAAUGAUUCGCUCUCUGAUAAUAGUCUCAGUUCUCGUGUACGUGGCAGCAGCAGCCGUGUACCAUGCUAGCGAAACUAAACAAGAAAAGGAAGUGGAUAGUAUUUUACGGGACAUUGAAUUGAAGGAAUUGGAAGGACUUAUGCUUAUUGCAUCUAAGCGUCAAUGGAGUGAAAGCGUAUGCGCACAGGUAAGCGACAGUCGUAAGUUCAACUGUGCCGGUGGCUCACCAGCGUGUAUCCCAAUACGUCACAGAUGUGAUGCUAUAAUUGACUGCGAUGAUGGCUCCGACGAAGUUGGUGACGAAUGCAUAACCAAACACGCGGAGGAUUGCAAAUCCUCAUUCAAAGACAAACAAGAUAAGGGAAUUGAGUGGUUCGAGUGUCGCGACAACGGGAUGUGUUUGGACAAAUGCCGUAAAUGUGAUGGAAUCUGUGAUUGCUUGGACCAGAGUGACGAAAAGGAUUGUGAUCCCAAUGAGAAAAACCCACGAGUGUGUAAAGAAGAAGCUAUUGUUAACAUGUGCCCAUAAAUGAAAACGGUCUUAAAGCGAGGGAGUCGUCACCUGCGCAUGCGUCAGAUGGCCAUAGCGUGUCAAUG